AUGACUUGUAGCGGUAGUCGCCAAGAUGACGAGGCCAUUAAUGAAUGCCCUGCUUGUCCUUCAUGUGGUCAUCCAGUCAAUCAUCAAGAAAAGAUAAGACAUGAUCUGAGCAGUUUGCCUGCCGGAAUGAAGUUUGAUCCAAGUGAUGUGGAGCUUCUUGAACAUUUGGAGGCAAAAGUGAGGUUGGAUGAUCAAAGGCUUCAUCCAUUGAUUGAUGAGUUUAUUCAGACCAUUGAAGGAGAGGACGGAAUAUGCUACUCCCACCCAGAGAAAUUACCUGGAGCAAGCAAAGAUGGGCAAUUGCGACAUUAUUUCCAUCGACCAUCGAAAGCAUAUACCACAGGAACUAGAAAGAGAAGAAAAGUUCAUACAGAUGAGGAUGGCAGUGAAACCCGGUGGCAUAAAACAGGCAAAACUAGGCCAAUUCUUGUUCAAGGAAAAGUUAAAGGAUACAAGAAAAUUCUUGUGCUCUACACCAAUUAUGGGAAGCAAAAAAAACCCGAAAAAACAAAUUGGGUAAUGCAUCAGUACCACCUUGGCAACAAUGAAGAUGAAAAAGAAGGCGAGCUCAUUGUUUCUAAGGUUUUCUAUCAAACUCAACCUAGACAAUGUGGUUCCAAUAUUAAGGAUUCUUCUCCUAGGAUUAAACCUAAUCUUAACACCUCCAAUUUCGGUGAAUACUACAAUCCAACGUCUAUCAUCUCGUUUGAUCAGUUCGAGCACGAUGAUCAGUCAUCUUCCCGUGUUCUUCCGAAUUUUCAUGCCCCUACUAAUUCAUUCAUGUCUUGA